AGUCGUGGGCACUGUGACAUUGCGCCACGGGUGAGCGCAUGCUGCAGCUACCGGCCCUGUCCGGUUCCGUCUCGUCUACAUACAUGCACCGCAUUGGAGGAGAAUUAACUGCCUUGUUGGCCCGCCUAAUAAUAAGUGGCUUGCCAGCUACUAUAUUGUGCAUGCUCUGUACGCUGUACGCAACACAACAGACACAGCAGCGAAGAUGCCUCCUGAUCAAAAGCAUGCAAUACGAUGUUAUACUAGGUUGGGUGCUUACGCCGUGCCGUUCCAGGCUAUGUAAGGGCAGCCUUUUCUCGCUUGGUUCCGAUUUUAGGGCGGUGCUGGACCGCACUGGACCGCGUUGCCGCAAGACUCUGACCUUAUCGGCAUUGGCUCUUGGAAGGGAUGCGUUUCCUCCAGGAACCUGUUCGAGACAUUCGAGUGCAAGGGGAUGAGCCCUGUUUUUGUGCCAAGAAAUGUGAGAUGGAGGGUAACUGGAGGGUAGCUUGGGUACUGGCUUGGGAUGCUGGGCUUGGGUAGGCUGGCUGGCUGGCUUGCUGGCUGGGUAGGAUAGAUUGGUGGUUGUAUUGGAGGUAUUGUAUGUAAGGUAAGGUAUGAGAGAGUGCCCAGGUGGGAUGAAAAAUGUUAGGUUAGGCUGGUUAGGUACACCUUAGUAGGUAGGUAAUAAUAUAACUAGAGAAUAUACAAUAC